UGAUUACACAGCUGUGACGUAACGGGAUUAGGCAGGCGAAUGUAGGGCGUUCAGAUUAUUUGACAGACAGUGAAGUGAACAUACCGACGGCAAGGCAUUAUCUGGCAAAUAGAGGGUUUUAAUCAUGUCCCUGAAUCGAAAUCAUGCUCAAAACGGAGGCGUGUUGAUUAGUAACGGCGAAAGUGUCCUGAGGGAGUGCAAAAAUGUGGAACUUUCCUUCAGUGAUGUCACCACCAAGACGGAUUUACUGAGGGGAACCAAGAAAGGUUCAGUCUACCUCACGCCAUACAGGAUGCUGUUUGUUUCCAACAGCACCAAGGACGUUCUUGGCUCAGUCAUGUUCCCCUAUUACCUGAUGAAGGGCUGCAGUAUUGAACAGCCGGUGUUCGCCGCAAAUUACAUCAAGGGAACACUUCACGCAGAACCUGGAGGUGGCUGGGAGGGCAAGGCAGACUUCAAGAUGUCUUUCCCCAGUGGUGGAGCCAUUGAGUUGGGUCAGCACCUCUUCAAACUGGCUACGAAUGCAUCCCGUGCCCCUCCUGCCCAAAAUGGCGGGGCCUCAUUUGGCUACCCUUCACCUGGAGGCAUGAAUGGCUACGGGCCCCCACCCAUGCCCAUGGGCUACCCUUAUGCACCCCCGCCCCAGCAGAAUGGCUUCCACCCCGGCGCCGCUCCACCCCCUGCCAACAUGGGCUACCCAUAUCCCGCAGCUGGAAUGUACCCAUCUGCCCCGGCAUACAUGGCACCCCCUCCACCUUAUCCUGGCCCGCCCCACAACUGGGCCCCCUCCGCCCCCCCUGCAGGUAACGCAAAGGCUGCAGAGGCUGCAGGAAGUGCAUAUUACAACCCAAACAACCCCCAUAAUGUCUACAUGCCUAUGGAGCAGCCUCCUCCAUACGCUCCUUACCCCGGUGGCUACCCUGAGAAGAAGAACAACUGAGACGUAACCAUACAACCACCACUUGCAGUGCUUUCAGUUGCAAUACAUUCAUUUUGAUUGAACUACACAUUAUUGUUAUUACUAUUUUCAUAAUACUGAGCCACAUACUGUGAGCUUCACUUGUGACCAACCAUGCUGACUAGGAAAAAAAAGGUAAAGGCUAGUUGAGAAGAGAUGAGCCAUCAUAUUUGCAGUGUCUGGACUGGGUUACAUUCAAUAACUUCUUGACUCUCACUUUUCCUAUUUUUCUCUGCUCCUUUUGAAAUGGUGUUACCUUUUUUAUAUAAACAUGUUAUAACUCCGAUAGGUAACCAAGUUGUGCAUUCAGUAGCUGACUGAACUUGUUGUCUUUUUCUCAAAUUGGAAUAUUGGAUAUUUUGAGAGGAGAACAACAACUUGACUUUUGCAACCUCAUAUGUUGGGAACCUUACAGUAGAGAACAGCGAUAGGAUUGUACAGGCAAGAAAGUAUUUUGUGUAUUGACCAUUUGUGUGAGAGCCAAUGAUGUCAUAUGGAGUUUAUUUCUCAUAUGACCUAUUUGCAUAAUUAUUUUCUGAACAAUGUUUAAUGAAGAGUUUUUAAACAUCCAGAUUUAAAAAAAAAUAAUGUCACUUUUACCAGAGAUUGCAUAGAGGUGGUUUUUUACAUGGUUUAAGUGGCUGAGGUGGACGAAUCCCCCCAACGUGUGCUAUGGGGUUUAGGGAUAUAAUCAAAGUCUUAUUUCUGUAUGCCAGGGAUCGCUCAAUUGGCAUGGUAAUGCACGUCAGCCUUUUAUGUUUUUUUUUUUUUUCAUUUGCUUUGUAUUAUAUUUUUGUUGCCUUGGUGAUCCGCCUUUUUCGCAAUGACGCCAGGCUUGCUCUGUUUUUGAAGCAAAGCAGAUAUUAACAACUGCCGGUUUCAGGCAAAGAUCGGGACCAUAGAAAACCAUGGCAACUUAGGGCUCACUCUUUUGAAACUCUGAUGUCGGAAACUCCAACCUCCGCCUCGGGAAAGUGCAAUAGAACGGAUACUCAGAUCAGGGUUCCGAAACAACACAAACUCGGAGCAGUUCGGCGUACUCAGAGCUAAUUAAAUAUUAGUGUUUGCAGACAUUUGUAUUGUCCCCAACUGUUGCAAUAGAAUACAUUUACAACAGAGGUCGAGAGAAUAAACUCCGGUCUACCGACAACCAAGUUUCAAAAGAAGAGCCAUUGUACUUGCUUCAGAUGCAUUGAAGCGAAGGCGUCUGACGUCUUGAGAAAAAGGCCCAUCGUGUGAGCUAGAUAUGACCGCAAGAUUGAGGUGGUUGUGAUUUGAGAGUAGUGAGGUGGCAUUACAGGGCACUCCCCACUCUUCCGCUGAGUAAAUCAUGGUGAUUUGACCAUAUCAGGUUUGUCCCCCUGACCUCUGCCUCAUGUUCAAGCCAUAGCCACAACCUCCAGCCUCCUUAGAAAUUCCAGCCUCACUCUUUGUGUAAUUACAAGAGUCGAGUUUCACACUCACACAUGCAUACAAUCGCACAGAGCACACACACACACACACACACACACACUGAACAUACCGCAGUGCACACCCCCUACAUGCAUGCAUCUUUCUAGAUUGUGGUUGUGUCUCGUUUCAAGGCAGCCUCCCUCGUGAACUGCAGGUGUUGAUGCAUAAUUGAACCAGAGCAGUGGCCGACUUGGCAGAUUAAAAGCCCCCUGGCCAUCUUACAGGGAGAUUAGAAUCAUCUCAUCAGUGUGACAGGACUUGGGAAAUGUAUUAUGUUUGGAAAGAUGAAGUGUAUUUAUCAUACGCUGUUUGACUAGAUUUUGUGUGUUUGUAAAUUCUUUAUUCUUUUAUUUUUAAAAUCUAAAACUGAUCAAUAUUUCUACAAUUAAAUAAUAACUAAUAAAUGUAUAUUGAAAGUCA